UCAUUUCUGUCUUGCGCACGACCACUUCACUUCUCGUCCUCCUCUGGCUUUUCCGACUCCCUUCCUGCGCUGGGCUUCAGUGUUCCUUUCUAGCCCACUGCUGUUGAUUUCACGUCAUUAGGACGUCCAUAGAAUUCCGUCAUGUGGCCACAUCUCCGCGCUGCUUCAUGCCUCGUCGCUGCCAGUUUGAUACCGCAAAUCGUACACGCUGCCUCGACAAAGGCGACGAUUGAUGACAAUAACGGGGACUCUGUGACCGGGCGAAAGCCAACGUAUUCUGCCAACUGGAACUAUGGUCCAGAUUGCCCAGGAUGUUACGUCCAGCCGGAACAGCAACUCACUUUCGACCACUCAUGGCACGACGUGACUGCUUCUCCGAUUGAUGACAAUGCACGGAAUGUAUCUCUUUCUUUCAAUGGAACUGCCAUCACGGUAUAUGGCAUUGUGCCUCCUGUGGUCACAUAUGCCACGACGUAUGUCAAUGCCAGUUUCUGGCUCGACGGGCACCAUGUUGGCACAUACGAACACGAUCCGAGUAAGAGUAGCUCGACGGCAUUCCUGUACAACGUGACUGUGUACCAGAGUACAUCUUUGGCCUACGCAGAGCACAACCUAGUUAUCGUAGCGGGACGUGAUGUCAACGCAUCGUACUUCGCUUUCGACUGGGCAGAAUAUACUUACGACCCUGACCACCCGACCACCUCAACGUCGACUGCAACUAGCUCCACACCAUCUGGAGUUGUCACAUCAAUCGCAGCUUCCUCAGCAUCGUCUCAUAGCUCAGUGGGACCUAUUGUCGGAGGAGUCGUGGGCGGGAUCGGUGCCGUUGUCCUCGCUCUACUCUUCUUCCUCUUGUGGCGUCGUCGUGGCCGGGGGAAGGCAGGAGAUCGCAUUCGCCAUGUAGCAGCGGAGGAGUUGAGGAGGGAGGAGAUCGAGCCGAUGCGCAAACCCGAGUCUGAUCUCGAAGAAGGCGUUGCCGAGAUGCGCACACCCGAUUUCACGUCAGCGACGCCUUUCUCCGCCGCGCUCACAUCUUCCGCGGUCUCGUCUCUUCCUGUCGAAAGCGACGCCUCCCGGAGGGGAGGCUCUGUCGCGGCCAUCGUCUUUGCCUCCAAUGCGACAUCGAGUACAGCCGACUCUCCACGGACGAUGCCUAGCUCCGGUCGUCAAUCGAAGAGCGCAAUGCAGCGAGCGGAGCUGUCGCGCCAGAUGCGUGACAUGGAGGACCAGGUCGCCGAGCUGCGCCGACGCCAGUCCGCGCGCCCGCUUCCGUCUACUCAUGUCGCGUCGCCGUCGACCUCUAGCAUGCCCAGCCAACAAGCCCACUCGGAGCUGAGGCAGCAGAUCGAGUCGUUGCAGCUGGAGGUGGACAGGCUGAGGGCUGUGGGCGUGAUGGAUGAGCCUCCACCGGCGUAUGAGUGGGCUGAUCUAGAAGAGAGGGUUUGAACCGUUUUUAUUUAUGUUAUGUUGACCUUGCAGUUUAUUGGGCAUAUACUAUACACGACGUUUUGUGUUUUCUUCUCUAGCGCAUCGUGAUCUACGUAUGGACGUGGCCACCGCUGAGCAUAACGACAACGAAUUACGAUCUUUCAUGCGAGUAUUCCCGAUCGCUCUUCACACACACGGCCAUCUGAUAGACUUCUCCGAACAGGCUCACCGUGUACUUAUGUCUUAACGAUUCACUUGCAUGCUCUCGAGACGCGGAUCCGAGACUCCCGGAGACGGACCUUCCUCGUAGGGUUUCGGUUCUGUUGACUCGGGUUUGGCCCGACUACAUGCCGUUGCCAGA